AUGAUGAUCGCCGCGGCACGCGGGGUGCUGUGCGCUGCCCGGCUGCCUUCAGCGCCGCGGGCAGCCGGGCGUGCAUUAGCAGGGCUUUCUGCGACCCUUGGCGGUCCUUUGCAAACAGCGGCCGGCAUGUCGCUCCCGCCGCCUGCGCCCAGUGCGCCGCGUCACGGCGAUGCCCCCGCAGUCGGCAUGCCGCUCCCGCCGCCUGCGCCCAGUGCGCCACGUCACGGCGAUCCCCCCGCAGCCGGCGUGCCGCUUCCACCGCCUGCGCCCAGUGCGCCGCUUCAAGGCGAUGUCUCUGCAGCCAGCAUGCCGCUCCCGCCUCCUGCGCCCAGUUUGCCGCGUCAAGGCGAUGCCCCCGCACCGAGCCAGCCGCUUCCGCCGCCUGCUCCUCGCGCGCCGCGUCAAAGCGAUGCCCCUCCAGCUCCUCCACCACUGCCGCCCCCAGCGCCAGUGGUCAGUUCUGGCCUAAACGCGGCCGAGUACCUCUGGCAACUGGAGGAGUCGUUGCGCCCCUCGCCCGAGCAGGAGGUCGAGCGCGACGCGCUGGAAGCCGCGAUGCGCGCUGCUUGUGCAGAGCUUGGAGGGAGCGCGUGCUGCUACGGCUCGUGCGCGAAUGGCACAUGGAUGCAGGGAUCCGACGUCGACAUCGCGUGGGUCCUCCCCGUGCCUAGCGAGGUUGCGGCGACGGACGCGGAGGCAGAUGCAGGCGGCGCCGUUUGCGUGGAGGCCGAGGCCGCGCAGGUCACCGAUGAGGAUGGACCUCGGCCGCAUGGGCAGUCGCUGCUGUCCAAUCAGCCUGGCGAGUCCACGGUGACGGACGCGGAGGUAGAUGCGGGCGGCGCCGCUUGCGUGGAGGCCGAGUCCGCGCGGGUCACCGAGGAGGAAGGACCUUGGCCGCAGCGGCAUGCGCUGCUGUCCAGUCAGCCUUCUGGCGAGUCCACGGUGACGGAUGCGGAGGCAGAUGCGGGCGGCGCCCUGUGCGUGGAGGCCGAGGCCGCGCAGGUCCCCGAUGAGGAUGGACCUCGGUCGCAGGCGCAGCCGGUGCUAGCCAGUCAGCCCGCCGCCGCAGCGUCUCUGUCCGACCCGCCCCCGCCGCCGCCGCCUCCGCCCCCGCCUCCUGCGACGCGGCGCGGCAGGGCGCGCCGUGCUCCCAGUGACGCAGGGCUUUGGGAGCUGGAGAAGCUGCGCAGCAUGCAACUGCACCUGGAGGGUGCCAAGAGCGUCCCCGGCGUAUCGAAAACGCUGCUGGUAAAGGGCGCCAGGGUGCCCGUGCUGAAGCUGCUCGGGGCGCACGGCAAGGUGGUGUGCGACAUCUCGAUGAACAAUGCCGAGGGGUUACGCAACACGCACCUUGUGCGGGAGCUGUGCAGGCGUGCCCGAAUAUUGCCGCCUCUCGUGCUGCUGCUGAAGCACUGGGCGCGUCAGCGUGGCGUGGGUGACCGCGCUCUUGGCGGCUUCAGCACCUACACGCUGGUUCUGAUGGCGGCGCGCUACCUGCAAGCCAACAUGCCCGAUGCGCCUGGUGCCGUGGAUGGCCGCCUGUCGGGCGAGGGGGUCGAGUCAGCGCGCCGGUGCGCCGAGACGAUAGAGCUGACCAGCGCGGGCCCCGCGGGGCUCCUCGGGGACCCGGCGCCCGACAGCAGCAAGGCUUCGGCGAUGGCUCCGCGGGAGCUACCCCCGCCUGGGGCCGCCUGCCUGGCGGCGAGCACGGAAAUCGCGGUCGCCACCAGCGGAGGUGCCGAGCCAGCCGUGGAGGUGGCGGGUCCCGCGGGCAUCGCUGCGGCGAGCGCCAGAGACAAGGAAGGAUUGCAGGCGACCGCUGCGAAGCCCGUCGCCGAAGCCGACUUGCUCGCGAAGGCCUUCAAGGGUUUUUUCACCUACUUCGACGGGCCAGCUUUCGCCGACAGCCGCGGGGUACUCUUGGAUGGUGGUGCGCCACCUGCUGCCACGGCAAGCCUCGCGGGUGCCCUGUCGCCUCCACCUCCCCCGCCGCCCCCUGCUGCGCCUCCACCGCAGACCCCGGAGCCCGAGGCGGCGACGUCGGAGGCGCAGGCCCCUUCGCCCCCCCCCCCAGCGGCGCACCCACCCGUUGCGAGAACUGAUGGGCGGAGAGUGCCGCCCCCACCGUCUGGAGAGCCUCCUGCCGGGACGCCAGCCGCACAGCAGCGGCGGGCGUCUGCGUGGCCGUCGGCAGCAGGCGGAGUUGCGCACCAAACAGGGGAGCCUGUCGGCAGCAUGCCGUCGCUCGCCCUCCCGCCCGACGGCGGCACCGGGCCGGCCACCGCGGUGUCAUCGGGGCCGCCGCCCCCGCCCCCGCCCCCGCCCCCGCGGCUCGUCAGCAGGGUGGCCAGAGUCGACGUGUUCUGCCCGCUGACUGGGCGCGACGUGCAGCGCUGCAGGCCAGGAGAGUGGCUGCGCCUCUCGCGAGAGAUCCGACGCGCCGCAUCGAUGCUGCAGACGGACUUGCCUGGGCAGGCCGCGAAGGUCUUCGAGGCGGCGUUCAGGUACCGCAGCUCCGGCUUCUCGACAACGCCGGCGCAGCCCGCCGGCACGCGAGCGAUGCCGCCCGCGCCGCCGGCCGCCGUGCCCCGCCUGCAGCCGCUGCCCGCGCUCCCCGAGCGCCCGCCGCUGCCGCCGGUGCCCCCGCUGCCCCCGGCGCCCCCCCUGCAUCGGAGGAGGGCCCAUGGAGCCGACGGCGGCUCUCCUCGAGGCGUGGUAUCCGACCCCGAACCUCGGAGCCGGCGGGGGGUCCGAGGUGGCCCCGCAUUGGUUCUGGCGAGGUGGCCGGGGGCAGGCUCGAGGCGCCGAGUUCGAGCA